ACGAUGUCCACCAAGGUGCCGAUCUACCUGAAGAGGGGCAGCAGGAAGGGGAAGAAAGAGAAGCUCCGCGACAUCCUCUCCUCCGACAUGAUCAGCCCGCCCCUGGGGGACUUCAGGCACACGAUUCACAUCGGUAGCGGCGGGGAAAGCGACAUGUUUGGGGACAUCUCCUUCCUCCAGGGCAAGUUUCACCUCCUCCCCAGGACCGCAGGCAGCCUUGACUCCGACAAGGACAGCCCCGACGCGGCGCCGUUCGAGUUUUCCAGGACGGCCACCAUCUCCGGCCACGAGCAGCCGUCUUUGGAGACUUCAUCUCCCCUCCUCAAAAACGCCAUUUCCUUACCCGUCAUCGGGGGGCCGCAGGCAUUGACGCUGCCCUCGGCGCAAGCUCCACCGAAACCGCCGCGGUUGCACCUCGAUGACAAAGCUCCGCCGGCGCGAGGCCGGGAAGCCGGAGAGGAUGACGAGGGCAGGAACGCCGCCCCGCUGCCGCAUCCCUGCGCCUCGCGUUUCGCCGCCCCAACGAACGGCUUUGCCGAGGAGAGGGGCAACGCCGAGCCACCCUUCCUCUCCCACGCCGGCUCCCUCCUCUCCCUCCACGUGGAUUUGGGGCCGUCCAUUUUGGAGGACGUCCUGCAAGUGAUGGAGAAACACCACGCAGAGAGAGUGGGCGGAUCUAUAUCGGAUUCGGGCAGGCAGGAAAUCUUGACAUGA